AUGCCAUCCUGGAAAGACGAGGAGAGCUCGGACGAGGACACCUGCAUGGUUUCAAUGGAUCCUCAGCUCUUUGAAACCCCUGACAGUGUGGUGGAUCCAUCUUUCUGUGGUUCUUACACUGAAUCUGAGCCGACGUGCAUGAUGCAUCAUCAGAGGCCGAAGAAGAUGGUAGCUUUUGAAGGUGCUUUGACAGGGAGGCGAUUCCUGGGUUGUCCUGUGCAGCAGGAUAACUUGGGGAGGGUGAAGGACAAACAAGCCCAUGAGAAAGAGGUGGCCAAGCUAAAGAAGGAAAUUGAUUUCCUGUCAAACAACUACAGCCAGUUGGUGGAAGAUGUAUCCAAGCUUUUUGACUAUCAAGAUGGCAAGAUGUCUCAUGACAUGGACUACACCAGUCAGGCAAUCAAUGAACUAAAUGAGAAGAAGAAACAACUUGAGGAUCAGGCAAAGAUUGCGUUAAGUAUGGAAAAGCUGAAGCUUGCCAAGGAGCAAAGGUGCAUUCUUCAAAGCCAAGCAGAUAUCAUUCAGAACAUGAGGAAGGCCAUGAAGGAAGUGGAGGGGGACAUGGACCUACUUAAGCAAGAGAAGAAGAAGCUAGAGUAUCUGAUUGCUGAUCUGCUCAAUGCUGGGCAUGCCAGCAAAGAUAAGCUGGAGAGGAUCAAGGCAAUUAUGAAUGAGUGA